AUGUUGGCAGAACAAGAGCUUCCACCACCACCCAGCCUGAAUUUACUAGAUCAAUAUGGAGCGUAUCCAUUUGCUGAAGACGAAACUUAUCAACAAGGCCUAGCAAGCAUCCUCGCAGGAAAUGCACUAGCUACGAAUCCGGAUCCAGAGGAGGUGCUUCGAAGGACACGGGUGUUUUACUUUAACAGGGUAACAGGCAGCUCGAUUUCGAUGGAUGAAGCCAGGGAAUAUGAGCGUACCCGUCAGGCGCCUUCAACUUUUCAAGCAUUUUCUGAACCCUCUCAUUCAAAUGAAGAGGGAGAAAUUCGCGUCUUGACCUUCGCUGAACUGAAAGAGUUAAUCGAGUCAGGCAAGAUGGACCAGAUACCCAAUAAUAAGGUUAUUUCAGAGGCGUUGAACGACGCCCCACCGAGCGAAUCAAUUGCCCCUAGCAAGAAGAAACCUUGGGAAAUCGUUACGAGCAACAGCGCUUGA